AAGCCACAGCUCAAGAAUACAAGUACGCAGGCACUUAUUGAGUCUGAGCAUCAGUAUGAUGAUCUUGUUUAGGGACGCUACCUCAAUGAUCACAAGUACCCGAGAUGCGACCCCAAACACACAACUAAUGUUUCCUAAUACUACGCAAAUGGAGUCAAUUCAAUCACCUACUACAGCGCAGCCUUCGACCUCGUCUACACCCCACCCAGAUAUUCACGCGGAUCCCCCAGCCAGUGUCUCCAUCCCCAGAAUCCUUCCAAAACCUCAGCCAAAGCGCCAAUCUGUGGCAUCGUCACUAUCUGAGCACCUCAAACACCGUGAUCUCGAAUGGUUCAAGGCAAACCACCAGCAUGCGGCUGCUCCUGACUCAAAGCCUUUAAGUCCUGGUGCUCCACCUAGUGCGCUCAAGUUUUCAAAUGAUGUAACGGAGCCCCCUGUAGAGAAGAUACGCCCAUCUCGCAUGCCAGGGAGGAUACCUCCACGACCGGCAUCUACUGAACUGACGACGAUAAACGAGCCUGCAGCUCCUGCGAAUGCUGUUGAUCUGACGAAUACCUUGACUUUCUCCGAGAUUUCGGCGCCAACAGUUGCAAAAGAACUCAACGAAGAAGAAAUCACGUCCGAUGUAGUUGAUGUUGUCAUGACUGACCUACCAACGGAAAAUGUACCUCAAGGUUCAGAAACACUCCUCUUGGGUACGCCAGGAAACGUCGCUCCUGAGCUCACCAUGCCGUCGCCAAAACAAAAUACAGAUUCCCCAGCUCCAAGGCAGCCACUUGCGAUAUCCUCAGAUGUGCGUGCAGAAAGCCACGGAGACGAGAUAUCAUUACCUCCAGUGGAUAAUACCUGUCCGCAAGGCGCUUGUGCAAGAUUUGGAGGGGAGAUGGCUGUGAUGAUGUUUCGGCAAGGACUCGAGUCACCUCGCGGGACGAUCAACCUUACGUUCGAUCUCGAUCAUACACUCUAUCUCCAAAUUGCUCGGUGGGCUAAGCGCAAGUUGUCACCAACAGAUUUGGAACAAAGUGUCUGUGUGUCGUUCGCUUGCUAUCAUCUCCCUAGUCUCUUGCCAAAUUCACCGGAAGAUGAUCAGCCGACUCCGUUCGAGAAACUUACGAUGGAUUCGCAAUGCUCGUGGCCCGCAACUGGGGACCUUUCACUGCAGACAAAGCGGGAUGGGAAGGAUUUUAUUAUUCCACUAGCUCCACCCAUUUUUGUUACUCCAGACAAUUGCGUUGAUAUCUCCGCAUUUAUCAGAAGCGGAGAAAAUGCUUUUUCGGUGGUCCAACAGAGCGACAUGUCAGACUAUAUGUUUAUUCUCCACGCCCAUCAUCCCACGCCUGCGCAGCUUAGCUAUCUUGCGUCCUGCAGACAGAAGCGUGAGGAUUGGGCGAAGACCACGCGUGCUUUUUGCACAUCUGAACCGACGGAAUCUUUAUGGAGGCGAUCCCAGUCGCGGACAUGAAGGGUUCGUCAUAAUUAGUUUUCUUGUAAUUAACCCUCGAACUUCGCAGUCCCGUUGUGUAUGUAGUACUCGUGCAUUUCUGAUCAGAUUAUAUUUUGUAGCAUAGUCAGUCAAUUAAAUGUGGUUUCCGAAGCUUA